AUGGCUAACCAAACUCCCGCCGUUCUAACCUCAGCUCACAGCGGCACGGGUUUCUCCAAGCUAGGUUUCGCCGGUAACGACUCUCCCUCAUUCGUCUUCCCGACCGCGAUUGCGACAAAGGGGCCAACUGGCGGAGCUGGUGGCUCUGGUUCUGGACGACCGGCUGUUGCGAACAAGCCAUCUUUUCUUACGGGAGGUGCUGGAGCUGGAGGCCAUCUGAGCGGAAAGCGAGGUACCGAGGAUCUCGACUUCUUUAUUGGUGAUGAGGCGAUAGCAGCUUCUGGAGGUCCUGGAUACGGUCUUCAUUAUCCUAUCCGGCACGGUCAAAUAGAGAAUUGGGACCACAUGGAACGAUUCUGGUCCAACUCUAUCUUCAAGUAUCUGCGAGUCGAGCCUGAAGACCAUUACUUCCUCCUUACCGAGCCCCCCCUGAACCCGCCCGAGAACCGUGAGAAUACCGCCGAGAUCUUCUUCGAGUCCUUUAACUGCGCUGGAAUGUACAUUGCCGUCCAGGCCGUUCUUGCUCUGGCUGCUUCUUGGACGUCUUCAAAGGUCCAGGAUCGUUCAUUGACUGGUACGGUCAUUGAUUCUGGUGAUGGUGUCACCCACGUCAUUCCUGUUGCCGAGGGUUAUGUCAUUGGAUCUUCUAUCAAGUCAAUUCCCAUUGCUGGUCGAGAUAUCACCUACUUCGUUCAGUCCCUUCUGCGAGACCGAGGCGAGCCCGAUUCUUCGCUCAAGACGGCUCAGGAGAUUAAGGAGGAGUACUGCUACGUGUGUCCCGAUAUCGUCAAGGAAUUCAGCAAGUACGACCGGGAUCGCACUCGAUUCGCUCAGCACGUUGUUUCACACCCCAAUGGCCGACAGGUUUCCGUUGAUGUCGGUUACGAGCGCUUCCUUGCCCCCGAAAUCUUCUUCAACCCCGAGAUUUACAGCUCCGACUUCUUGACUCCUCUGCCCGUGGUUGUCGACGGUGUCAUUCAGCAAUCGCCUAUCGAUGUCCGACGAGGUCUUUACAAGAACAUUGUUCUUUCUGGUGGAAGCACAUUGUACAAGGAUUUCGGUCGUCGAUUACAGCGAGACAUCAAGCAGCUGGUAGAUGCCAGGAUUCGAGCCAGCGAGGUCCGCAGUGGUGGUGCUCGUAGUGGUGGUCUGGACGUGUCCGUUAUCACUCAUAAGCGACAGCGACACGGUCCUUGGUUCGGAGGCAGUCUCCUUGGUCAAACCCCUGAGUUCCGAUCAUACUGUCAUACCAAGGCCGAGUACCAAGAAUAUGGACCCAGCAUUGUGCGAAGAUUCGCUCUGCUUGGUGGACCCGGUGGCUCUUGA